AUGGCAGCCAACAAAACCAUCAUGAUGGCCGUGGCCGGCGCCGGCGCUCUUGGCGCCGCAUACUACGCCUUGAGCGGCCCGACUCGUCCCGCCACCACGCCCUCCUCCAACAACAAAUUGCCGGACAACAAGGCCCGCGACAAGCGAGACAUGGGACUGUCCGGGGCUGGCAUUGGGGGCACGGGCGCGGCUGGCGGCAACGAGAGGGCGAUUGACCCGAGCAAAGACCGCAAGACCCAGACGACGGCGCCGCGGGAGAAGCUCCCCUCGGGCGGUGUCGGUGGCGGCGCAGGUGCGGGAGGCCAGGGUGCCCGUGCGAUUGAACUGCCGAUGCCGUCUUCGACCAACUCCAUUGGAGAGAAAUCGAGAUGA